GGAGGGAGAGGAGAGGCUAUGCAUUUGAUUUGAUUUGAGGCGUCAAACCUAACCUCGGGAGAUGGGGAUGGGAUAUUUUAUGUGUUAUGUUUAACACUCAACCGGGCAUUCAAGUGGAUCUACAGGGUGACCAUUUGGCUGGCGGGUGGGAGAGAGCAGGAGCAGGGCACGUUUCCAUCGCCACAUCCGAAGAGACACCCUCUGGCUCGCCCGCUGCGGAGGGACUGCAUCUGGGAGGUGUUGAGCGAAGUGCAAGGAGAAUGAGACGGAAGAGUCCCCGAUGGAAGGAUGAACUGGCGUCUUGUUGAUCUCGUCUCUUUGCUGCUCCUAUGGCAUCGGCUUGUCCUUAGCCUACACUGCUGGGCUGUGCUGGUGCUCUCUGCACACCACCAGCAACAUGCCACCAGCCCCCUCGACUGGCUCCUGUCUGACAAGGGACCCUUCCACCGAGCCCGGGAUUAUUCCAAUUUCCUGGAGAGAUAUCGCCAGGGAUUCACCACCAGAUACAAGAUUUACAGAGAGUUUGGACGAUGGAAGGUGACGAACCUAGCAGUGGAGAGGAGAGACUUUAUGGAUUCGGGUUUGUCUCUAGCUCCAGAUUUCAUCAGAAAUAUCCGUUCCCUGGGACGGAGACCAAGUCUGCAGCAGAUCACAGAGAACCUGAUCAAGAAAUAUGGCACGCAUUUCUUACUGACCGGAACGCUGGGAGGGGAAGAAUCACUGACUAUUUUUGUGGACAAGCGAAAGCUAAACAAGAAGUCAGAGCUCAUCAACGGUUCGACUGUGGGCUUGGAUUCGCUUCACCAGCUGGCUGCCUCUUAUUUCAUCGAUCGAGAGAGCACACUGCGCCGGCUGCACGAGAUACAAAUUGCAUCCUCGGCUAUCAAGGUAACGGAAACCAGGACCGGUCCCUUGGGAUGCAGUAACUACGACAAUUUGGACUCAGUCAGCUCGGUUCUGGUGCAAAGCCCCGAAAACAAGAUCCAUUUCCAAGGCCUGCAGAUCAUUCUGCCCGAGUACCUGCAGGAACGCUUUGUACAGGCUGCUCUGAGCUACAUCGCCUGUAACUCCGAGGGGAGCUUCGUCUGCAGGGACUUCGACUGCUGGUGCCACUGCACUGAACAGUUUCCAGAGUGCAACUGCCCCUACAUGGACAUCCAAGCUAUGGAGGAGAGUCUGUUGGGCAUCACGGAGAGCUGGAGCAGCUAUAACAAGGGGUUUGAGGAAUCAGAGGAGUUCAAGGUCUUCCUGAAGAGGUUGCCGGAAGACUAUUUCUUGAACACAUCCACCAUCCUGCAGCUGUGGACCAUGGAUUUUAGUCUGCAGCACCGCUACAAUCAGCUGGAGACCAACUUGAAGGUUCUCUUCAGCAAAGCCCAGAAGACCAUCCGCAAGCUCUUCAGCCUAAGUAAGCGAUGCCAGAAGCAACCAAAGUUCGUCCUUCCCAGAGAAAGGUCUGUAACCUACUGGCUGAACCAGGUGCAGUCGGUCUUGUACUGCACGGACAACGGUCUGGCCGGGGUCUUCUCGGAGGAGACGAGGAGCUGCACCUGCCCUUAUGACCAGGCCACGUGUCAGAAACCCGUGCCGUGCGCGGUGGGGGAGGGCCCCGCCUGCGUCACGUGUGCCACCGACAACCGGACCCGCUGCGGCGGCUGCAACGUGGGCUACACGCUGGGUCAGGGGCUGUGCAGGCCGGAGGUGGCCGACAGCACCGAGCAGUACCUGGGCUUUGAGACGGAGCAGGACCUACAGGACCUGGAGCUCAAAUACCUGCUCCAGAAGAGGGACACCAGGAUCGUGGUGCCCGCCAUCUUCAUCAGCAACGACAUGCGGCUCAACAGCUGGUUCGACCCGUCCUGGAGAAAGAGAAUGCUCCUCACCCUCAAGAGCAACAAGUACAAGGCCAACUUUGUCCACAUGCUACUGGGCAUCACCAUCCAGAUCUGCCUGACCACCAACAGCACCUUGGAGCCCGUGCUGGCCAUCUACGUCAACCCUUUCGGGGGCAGCCACUCGGAGAGCUGGUUCGUGCCGGUCAGCGAGGCCGGCUUCCCCGACUGGGAGAGGACUAAGUUGGACGUCCCUUUGCAGUGUCACAACUGGACCCUGAUGCUGGGCAACAAAUGGAAGAGCUUCUUCGAGACGGUCCACAUCUACCUGCGCAGCCGCAUCAGGUCGAGCGGCAACGAGAGCAUGUACUACGAGCCCCUGGAGUACAUCGACCCCUCCAGGAACCUGGGCUACAUGAAGAUCAACAAUGCCCAGGUCUUUGGCUACAGCAUGCACUUUGACGCCGAUGCCGUGCGAGACCUCAUCCUCCAGCUGGACUAUCCAUACACACAGGGAUCCCAGGACUCUGCACUGCUCCAGCUGUUGGAGAUCCGCGACCGAGUCAACAGGCUGUCCCCCCGCGGCCAACGCCUGGACCUCUUCUCCUGCCUCCUCCGCCAUCGGCUCAAGCUGUCGGCCAGCGAGGUGGUCAGGAUCCAGGCUUCCCUCCAGGCAUUCAACGCCAAGCUCAUCAACUCUGUGGAGUACGAGACCACCAAACUAUGCAGCUAACCCAAGAGUCUCAGCACAACGUGAGGACCAGCCAGGCUUCUCAGCAAGGAGUUGAGAAUUGA